AUGAAUAACUUAAAUCCAAUAUUAGAAAAUUUAAAGCAAAGAACCGUUCAAGAAGCCCCUGUCAAAUUAAUUUAUGCCAAAAAUGAUUUUGUGGUUUUUGAUAAAGGCACCUCCGACUUUUAUGGAGCCGAGGAUGAAUAUAUCUCCGACCAACCCCUAGAAGGAGUAAAGUGGAAUAAAGAACUCACGGAAAAAGAUUUUAAAACUCUCCCACCCGUAUUCUCCUGUAAAUUAGGAAUACUCAUGGAUGAAGUGUUUAAUACUAUUUUCCAUAAAAAGAAAAUGAGACAGGCUUUACAAAGUCCAAGCCAUCAAGCAGCCUUAAUUGACCGACUAAUUGAUAAAAUCACAACCCAGCAAGCCACAAUUGACAGUCUGGAUAAGGCUAUUGCCAUUUUGAAAUUAAUCAAAAGUGCUUAUAAUGGCAUGGAUGAAGUAAGCAGCAAUUAUAAUAAAGGCUAUCAAAAGCCAGGAAAAACUAAUUGUGAAACUAGACAAAGUAAAGUCUUAACCAUUGACCCUGACUUUUUGGAUGAUUUAGAAAUAUUCUUUUUGGCUGAUGUGGCCCGAGAUAGCAAUUUGAAUCCUUAUAAACUUUUUAAAUCCGUGAUUGUUAAAAAGUUAGAAAAUAAUGUCCUUGCCACUAUCCAUGAUGAAAAAAGUGUCGUUUACCGAAUUAUCAAUCCGGACGAAAUCCAACAUGAAAAAACCCUAGGAGGAGGCAUGGAAAAGUUUGCUUACCACGUGGAAGUAGUUGGGGAAUUACAAUUACGACAAUUAAUUAAGAAUGAUUAUAUUCCCAAAUCAGAAAGGGACCAACUGCUGACCCAACACCAGCAAGAAGUCCAAGAACUAAAAAAAGCCCGAGCCCAAGAUUUAAUUGACAAAUUACAAAAAGAUUUAGGGAUUAAUUUUUUAUUGGAUUAUUCAGAAGUAGUAAAAAAAUUACAAGGCCGAACUGUGGAGCAAUUAUUAAAUGAGGAGGGGCAGAAAGACCAACAAUGGGAGCAGGAAAAAACCCAAGCCACCCAACAUAUUCAACAAUUAAAUAAACAAAUCACAGCCCUGACUAUUUUGGCUGAAAAAAGAAAAGAGGAUUUAGACCGAGAAAAACAAGCCCUCAUUCAAUUAGCCAAACAAAAAAUAGCCAAUAAAAAGGAGGCUGUUGAGUUGGAUGACAAUUUACCCCAACUUAAACAAGAAUUAUUUAGCCAAGCCCAAGAACUUUUUAUCCAAUUAAAAGACCAAAUAAAAAAGGCUACUAUUGCUUUUGUAGUAGUAGAUUUAACUAAGUAUGAGGAGAAUGACCUGGGAGAGUAUGAAAAUAUUGAAAUCCAAUUUAAAUCGGGCAAAAUAUUACGGACUAGACCCAAAGAUUAUAAAAUCACCUGGGACCGAGAAAAAAGCAAAAAAAAAGUAUUUUUAAGAUGUGAAAAUGACCCCUCGGAAGAAACUCAAACCAAAAAAAUUGAGGCUUCUAAUCAGGAUUAUUUAUUCUAUAUUGCCGACCCCUCAAUUACUAAUGAAAUUAAAGAAAUGGUGGUCUAUUCUCCCUCCAAAGGCCCCGAGGAAAGAAAUAGAUUAUACCAAGAUUAUAAAGAGGAAUUUUCUGAAUUACGAAGAGUUUAUGGCAUUAGACAUUUAACCAGCAAAAAAGAGGAAAGACAAAAUAAUCCUGAAAUAGAACUCAAUGAGGCCCAAUUUGUUGCUUUGGAAAGAGACAAAAAGAGGGAAAGGGAAAAAAGUAUUUGGGAAUUUGAAAAUAAAGGAGGUUGUCAAGGAGAGCAUAUUUUAAGUUAUGGAACUUCUCCCGAACAGAGAGAGGAAAAAGUUUUGGAGGUAAAAGAGAUGGAGGAAGUGAAGGAAGAAACCCGAGAAAAGAAGUCGGAACAAAAAGAAACCGAACAAUCCGAAAAAGUUAAGGAAAUUUUAGUAAAUAAUUAUGGAAAAAAUUAA